AUGGGAAACAACCACGGUCAUGGGUCUAAAUCAGGUACAGCUACUCCAAAUUCAGUGGCCAGUUCUUAUAACGGCUCCAGGAAGAGUAUCACCAGGACAAGUUCUGGUGGAGAUAUUCAAGAAACUCCUAGCCCAAUGCAACCUGUAGAAAAAUUAGCAAAGAUUCUGGCAGAAAAAUCUCAAAAACUAGAGGGUGUCAAUGGCAUUACCAAAGACGUUUUCACUAGAUUUUGUUCCCAAGAUACCAGGUCUUGGGAGGGAAACUCUAUGAUCACUUUCUUAGACAUAGCAAAUCCAAGAAUAGUUAUAUGUCACAAAAUGCAUUCAAACAACAGUGUGAAGUGUAUUUAGGUAUUAUGGAUGAUGAUAAAGUAAGAGAAACUCUAGUUAAAAUGUGGGCAGUUUCAAACCAAGAAACAGGAGGUGAUAUAAUGACUCCAGAUGAAAUGAGAUGUUUGUUAAUGUGUACCUACCACAUAAGUAUGGACCAUUAUUCAGAAGGUCCACAAAUGUGCCUUGCUUCCAAUAAAACACUAAAAGCAGUAGUUGAUAGUUGUUUCCACAGUAAGAAACAAUUGUCAGUACAGUUUGUUACUCAUUGGAUCGAACUUAAUAUACCCAGAUUACUAUUUCCUCUUCAUAGAUAUGCUGUUCAUUGUUUGGCAACAUCAUGGAGAACUUUAGAAGAAUGUGAGCAUAGUCUUGCCAGUGGUGAUCACUGUGAAAUUCCUCCAUACUCAGGUAUAGAAUUGGCCACACCCGUAUUAGAAGAAGCAAAUCCGUUUCCUCAAGCUAAACCACAUCCUCAUUUGCUGACCAUGAGCAUGUCCUGGCUACUUGCUGGGGCGUUACCUCCUCUGUAUUCAAGACCACAGAAGGCUCAUUCUCCCAGCAACAGUGGAGUUGGAUUGGCAAACAUGUCAUUUCUUGCGAAACUUGUUUGUUCCAUUCCAUCCCACUGGUCGAUCUUAUACGAUUCAGACGAGAUGGGACUCGGUUCGAACCGUUUUCUUCAUCACGUGAUGAAUUACAAAGGGCCAACUUUAAUUCUUAUUCGAGUCCAAGAUGGUCAAAAGUUUUGCGUCGCGUCACCCAACGAAUGGCGAGAAUCACACCACUAUUGGGGCGGAGAAGAAUGUGCCGUAUUUCAGCUAUUACCAAAGUUUCAACUAUUAGAAAAAGGUCCCAAAAUGUUAUAUUUGAAUUUUAGCGUAAGAGGAUAUCCACAUGGACUCCGAGUAGGUAGUGAUCCUAGAGCUCCAAUUAUUAGCAUCGACGGCGGCUUUGAAAAGAUUGAGUGGCAAAAAAUUCCUUAUUAUCUGGAAUGUAUAGAAGUAUGGGGUUGUGGAGAUCAGGUGAGUAGGGAACGACAACUGGAAGUUAAAAAAUGGGAAAUGAAGGAAGCGGAAAAACAACGCGUUGUGAAAUUAAGCGCAUCUGACUGGUUGGACCAUCCAGAUAGAUAUUUACUUCAGCUAGCAGGUAGACCAGAAUACCACCAAAAUCAAUCAUAG